CCACGGCAAGUAAGCCUGACGGACACGCAAUCGCAGGACGGAGUCCGGCAAUGAGCUUGAGGACCAUCUAGGAAAAGCAGACCCCGGUGAUCCUCGGCCAGGAGCCAAGAAGCAUCGGCAGUCAGGAUGGGCAAGUGCUGCAGUAAGCGGCAAGAGCCGCAGCCUAUCGGCUACAAGAAGGCCGAGGCGAGCCUGAAUACGAAGCACAGCAACGGCGGCUCCCUGGACCGCUACACCGCCGAUCCGAAUCAGAGAGGCGCCCAGGCCCGCGCUGACAUUAUACGGCCCAGGCCCACGCCUUGUAAGCAGCUGCAGCUCAUGCCCCAGGCCCAGCCUCGCAAGCCCAGCUCGCCGCCUAUCGUUUUAUCCGCAUCUCAUUCGCAGCGAGCCAACAAAAUUGUCGUCGCCCUGUACAACUACACGGCGCGUGAGAGCACGGAUGUGAGUUUUAUGAAAGGCGAUCGGAUGGAGGUGCUUGACGACUCUGAGCACGACUGGUGGAAAGUAUUGCAUCUGACUACUCUACAGGAGGGCCUCAUACCUUGGAACUUCGUUGCGGUCGAGCGUUCCGUCGAGAGCGAGGAUUGGUUCUUCGAAAAUGUGUCGCGCAAGGAAGCCGGGAAGCUGCUGCUGGUGGACGAGAACCCGCGGGGCACGUUCCUGGUGAGGCCUAGCGAGCAUAACCCCCGGGGUUACAGUCUAUCGGUGAAGGACUGGGAGGAGGGCCGAGGUCAUCACGUGAAGCAUUACAAGAUCAAACCUCUGGACAAUGGGGGAUUCUUUAUCGCAACCAACCAGACCUUCCCUACCCUACCAGCCCUCGUCAUGGCUUAUAGCAAGAAUGCGUUGGGUCUUUGUCACGUGCUUUCGAAGCCGUGCCCCAAGCCCCAGCCGGACAUGUGGGAUCUAGGGCCGGAGUUACGUGACAAGUGGGAAAUCAAUCGCAACGAGAUUCAGCUGAUACGGAAACUUGGACAUGGGAACUUUGGCGAAGUGUAUUACGGCAAGUGGCGCAAUAAAAUUGAGGUAGCGGUUAAGACAUUGCGACCUGGUACUAUGUCCACCGAAGCCUUCUUACAGGAGGCAGCGAUAAUGAAGCAAUUCCGACAUCGUCACCUCGUCGCCCUCUACGCGGUCUGCUCCAAGGAGGAGCCAAUCUACAUUGUUCAAGAGUACAUGUGCAACGGCAGCCUCCUCGAUUUUCUGCGCGCCGGCGACGGUAAAUACAUGCAGUUCGAGGACCUUAUAUACAUCGCGGCCCAGGUCGCCUCGGGGAUGGAGCACCUCGAGAGCAAGCAGCUUAUACACAGGGAUCUUGCCGCGAGGAACGUCCUCAUAGGCGAGAAGAACAAAGCCAAGAUAUGUGACUUUGGCCUCGCAAGGGUUAUCGAGGACGACGAAUACUGUCCCAAACAGGGCAGCCGAUUCCCUGUUAAGUGGACCGCACCCGAAGCUAUCGUCUAUGGCCGUUUCAGUAUCAAGAGCGACGUCUGGUCCUACGGCAUUCUCCUCAUGGAGCUCUUCACCUACGGCCAAGUUCCAUAUCCAGGCAUGCACGGCCGUGAUGUGAUCCUGCAGGUGAACGGCGGCUACAGGAUGCCGAAACCGGUAAAUCACCCGUUGCCGGACAGCAUCUAUCGGCUGAUGCUUCAGUGCUGGGACGCGACGCCGGAGAAGCGGCCGACUUUCGAGUUCCUUAACCACUACUUCGAGUCGUUUAACGUAACCAGCGAAAUACCCUACCUCGAACCGCCGACAGACUGAUACACGGCCCAUCAAGCCACGGCGGCUCAUCUAGUUCCACACCAUGCCCACUACCACCCGCUUAACGUUAACUGUGCCAUGGAGUUCUAUGGCAUCUACUGCUGAAGCGUUGUGUCGCCGACUUCUCCUACCUCUUCUCCAUUAUUUCUUUAUUUUACUCAUACUUUUUAUCGUUCAUUCCUCUCUCGAUCUAUCUAUCUAUAUCUAUCUAUUUAUUUAUCUACCCAUCUAUGUCUCUGUCUAUCUAUCACACUUGACUCGCUCCCGCCCUCUC